GCGGGGCGGGGCCCGGCGGGUCCCGUGACCGAGGGCGAGUCACGUGACGCGGCCCUGCGGGCCAAGAUGGCGGUAUGCGUGGCGGUGAUCGCUAAGGAGAACUACCCGCUGUACAUCCGCAGUGUCCCCACGGAGAGCGAACUCAAGUUCCACUACAUGGUGCACACGUCGCUGGACGUGGUGGACGAGAAGGUCUCGGCCAUGGGCAAGGCCCUGGUGGAUCAGCGGGAGCUGUACCUGGGCCUGCUGUACCCCACAGAGGACUAUAAGGUGUACGGCUACGUCACCAACUCCAAGGUGAAGUUCGUCAUGGUGGUGGAUUCCUCCAACACGGCCCUGCGGGACAACGAGAUCCGCAGCAUGUUCCGGAAACUGCACAACUCCUACACAGACGUGAUGUGCAAUCCCUUCUACAACCCAGGCGACCGCAUCCAGUCCAGGGCCUUUGACAGCACGGUGGCAGCUAUGAUGACCCAGGUGUGCUGAGGGACGGCGCCACCACCUCAGGAGCGGCCGGUCUGUCCCUGCGGUACCCACGUCCUGUUCCGCCCCUGUGCCCUGGGGCCACCAACUAAAGUGUGUGUGUGCGUUCAGUGUGCUGUCUGC